AUGAAGACUCGCAACGGUGGUGUGAUGGUGUCUCAGACACCUGGAUCCGCUACGUCGCCGGUGCUGCGCCGGAGCUUGCGGCCUCGUACUCCGCGCCAAGAUGCCGGCGUCCAGGGGGGUGCGUCGUCAGGAGGAGAGGCCAAUGAUCCCCACGUUUCGCUCAGCAGCCGGGUCACCAGGAGCUCAGCCUCGUCUUUCAGCUCUACCACCUCCACCAACGGCCAUCGUGUGAUACAAUCACCGCAGCAGCAGCAGCAGCUAAUCACCACAUCGCUUCCAUUUCGGACGCCUGUCGGGUCGCACGGCAAAAGAGCCGUGUCACCGGGUGCUUUGUCGGCUGGUACCGCUCGUCGUCGCUUAAAACGCACGAGACACAGGUCGGGGUUUUACAAUGAUGAGAGUGAGGGUGACCCUGAGGAGGGUGAUCAUGGGAGCUUUACGACGACGCUGGGUGUUGGUGCCGAGCGCACCGGCAGUCCGAGACGGAGUAGUGCUAGGUCUGUGAAGAGGAGGAAGCAGACGACGCCUACUAGACAGACGCUGCGAGCUGGGCAAUUGGUGCUCAAGCCGCCCAAGACAGCGACUACUACGCCAGAGGCUGUCGCUGAAUCCAGACCUCAGGAAGUGUUCAUUCCCAACUGGGUCAGUCUGCCCUGGUUCUUUUGGGAGCAGGUCUUUCAAGAUGCCUCCUCGUCCCUUGAAGACUCGCACAGAGCGAAAUGGCUUCUUGCUGCAAGCACAAUCUGUCGAGCUUUGGAAGAGCCAGCCAUCACUGCUUUAUAUCGUCGCCCUCCACUGGCCAGCAGGGGCAUGGCACACGGCCUUGUGUCGCUCCUUGCUAAAGACCCGAGCACGACGUUAUUUGCCUACCGGACCAAGAUCAGGAGACUUUCUAUCGAUGUUAAUGAGAUUGCUUCCAAGCUUCACAGGGGUGAGCCGCUCGACUUCACACAGCUGCUGCGUCACCUCCCCGAGCUCAAGGCGCUGGAGCUGUAUCAUUGGAAGGACGACCCGGUGAUGAGGGAUAUGGGGAGCAACCUCCGCUGGCGGUAUCCCAGGCAACUGUUCCAAGGAUUGGAGGCGUCGGGUGCGAGGCUGGUGGAGUGGCGAUGGAAUCGCCGGUUCACGGAGCACGCGUUUGACUGGGGGGAGAUCAAGAAGAUUCAUGAGAGGGAGUUGUCCAGUGUGAAGAAGGUGACCUUGUUCAAUUACCAGCUUCCUUCUCUUGAGGCCACGUCGAGGGAUGAUGAGGCGGAGGUUUUGGAGAGGGAUAACGUUUUUGUGAAAAACAUGGCCGACGCGAUCAAUGCCUUGUCGCAACUGGAGCAUGUCGGGUUUGAGUACUCGAAUGCAGUCGACGAUAGGAUCCUUCCGAUGCUGCCCAGGAACCUUAGAGGUCUCGAUCUGACCAACUGCUGCGAGGUUACCGACGAGGAUCUCGCCAGUUUUUUGCUCACGCACGGCAAUAGACUGGAGAGCUUGACGCUGAGGCAUAACCGCGCGCUGUCGCUUUCGUGGCUUACGAUUUUGGGGAAGGCGUGUCCGAGGUUGAAGUGGGUGGUGAUGGACUACAAGAUUGGGGCGCAGAUUGAGCUGGGGUAUCGGAAUGUUGAUGCGACGUGUGGGGUGCUGGAGAGGUUUGAGAGUGCGCCUGUUUGGCCGGAGACGUUGGUUGGGAUCGAGCUGAAGGAUUUCAAGCAUUGGACUGCGGAGGCGGCCGAGGUUUUUUUUCGGUCGCUUGUUGAUUGCGCGGGGGGGCUGUCUAGGUUGAGGGAGAUUGACUUGAAGGUUAUGCUUGAUGUGCCGUAUCAGCAGAGGUCGGAUUUUAGGGACAGGUGGAGUAAUACGCUCAGGAAGGUGUUUUUGAGGGAUGAUUUUGAUGAGGAUACGGGGAUUACUUCGUUGAGAGCUGCUCCUGCUGCUGCUGUUGGUGGGGAGGUGGUUGAACCCCCUCUGUCUGUGGCCAAGAAAACCAAGAAACGGGGCGUGGAUAGCCCGUCGAGGAGAAGCAGCAGGAUCAGGGAGCAGUAUUCCAACCCCUCCAGCCGGGCUAGUAGUGUUGGUCGGGAUUUGAGGGGUGGUAGGGUGGCGGAGAAGAAGGGGUUUGGGUUUUCGUAUGCGGAGCCGGAGACGGAUGGGGAGGAUAUUAUGGGAGAAGAUGAUGAUGAUGAUAUGUACACUGCUAAGAUCUCUCCUAGCAAA